CUUUUGUUAAUGGAUUAUAAUAGUCAUACAUAAUUUUAAUAGAAGAAUGUUUCUUUUAAUCAUAACUACUCUUUUGAGUUUCAUAAGUGUUCAUUCUACUGUGCUAGGAAAACAAGUUUUAAAAUGGAUCAACAAACCUUCCAUUAAAGAAAAAGAACUGAUGACUCAAAAAAACGAAUUGAAAAAAGUACAAAAUAGCAUCAGCAUCACAGACAAUUUCGCCAAAUAUUCCAAAAUACAAAGACAAAUAAAUAAGAUUGAUGAAAAUCUUUCAGAUUUUAGAAGUGAAAAGAACAAUUUAUAUAUUCAUUUUGGAUUAACUUAUGGUUUACAAAUUUUCUUUGCCAUAGUGCUUGUCGGUUUAUCUAUUUACUAUAGGUCAACACCAGUAAUUGCAAUUGACAAGAGUAUAGAUCUAACACCUUUUAGUUAUUUAAUCUCAUAUCCUCAUUCAGAAAAUGUGGUUUCAUUUCAUUUUUGGGUUUUAUGUAGUUCAACAACUGCAAGAUUAAUAAAGUUGUAAGCAGACUAUAGGUUAAGGAAAGCUCUGAUGGUCUAGUAUUUUGCAUUUUAACUGACAUUAUUUUUUUUAUAAACAAAAUAUGAAAUAAUAUGUGUAUGAAGUAAUAUAUCCU